GUCCCGAGUCACAAUAUAAAUAGAGGAAACUCAGACACAGAGCUCAGAGCUGGAUCAGGAGCAAAGAGUGUGAUCCCCACAUCCCACAGCUGUGUCUGCCCCCCACGAUGGCUCUGCAAAUGCCCCUCGUCUUCCUCAUCGCUGCCUGCGCCUGGGCACUGACUCAAGUGUCUGGUGCCAACAUCAACCCCAUGGACUGCUGCCUGAAAACCAUCAACAAGCCGAUUCCAUGGCAAAAUGUGAAACGCUACAUCCGGCAAGAUGAAUCCAGUGGCUGCUCAAUCAAUGCCGUUGUGUUAAUCACUCGGAGAAACAUACAGCUCUGUAUUCCUCCCCACGAGCCCUGGGUACAGACGAUCCUUGCCAGAAUAGACAGAAAAAAGAUUAAACAUCAUAAGUAACACUGCCAUUGAGGACAGAGGGAAAGACAGCCUGACAGAGGAUGGGGGAGCAAGCGAGGAAUCUCGGGGUUCCACUCAGCAGUCUGCAGGCAGUUCCAGCUUAUCCUCCUGGUCAGACAGGGAGUCCAUAUUAUAAGCAGCAACCAAUGCAUAUUUUAUACAUUAAAUAGAUUUGUUUUUUCGUUGUUCUCCUUGACAUUAUUUUACAUUAAUUGUUUUGUCACUUUAAAUCUGAGAAUUUAGAAAUAUAUUAACAUGGACAUGUUCACUUCCCUAUGAGUGUGAGCUGUAUGUAUGCUAGAGCUGUGUAUCUAUAAAUAUGAGAUUGUUCUGUACCCAGCAGGCUGGGGACAUGGAGAUUCUAUGAACUGGUGCCUAAAGAGUCUGGAAUGUUGCUUAGAUCAGGGAUCAUGAGCCUGUGGCCCCUGCAGAACCUCUUGACUGGACCUAACAAACUUCUACCUGGGGGUUGAGACUGGAAACAGUUAUUGUGGGGCCCUGGUCCAAUCUAUGUUUAGAAUGUCCUAUAUGUGGCCAAUCAGCUGUGGGCAGAGCUAAAUCCAGCAUCACAACUGGAAAGCCUUGAAUUCCCUGGGGUGACCUACUCAGGUAACCCCCAUAGACUGAGCUGGGAAGGGAAACAUCAUACAGAUGGAGCAGCAUUCAUUUCACUUAGGAACAUGGGUGUGUCCUUCUCCAUCUGUAGUUGAGGGAUCUUCUUGGAGUUAAAACAACAUCUUCUUGUGGUCAGAAAUUUCACAUCAAGGUGUUGACACCAGUGCUAGAAUGUUUCCUCUUGGUCUAAAUUAGGCUCACCCUCUUCUAGAACUCUACAUCAAGCUUAAACUGGUAAGGUGGGUUGGUCCUGAUCCAACUGGAGCCUUAAACCAAUUGAGACAUUUUCUACAGUAUCAAAUCCAAAGCUCUUUUUUUUAGCAUUCCAGGCUUUUUGCCAUCAGUUUCAAUCAAGAUCAGUGGUUUCCAGAUUAUGGGAUUACCCCAGGGGGGUCCAACAACAAUAACUUGGCACAUAAUUUAAGCAACAUAAUGCAAUAGAUAGACUUUAAAUACAGUAGACUUGGAGGACCAGCCUGAAGAUGUCUUAAACUAAGAUUUUGGGUGGAGUCCUAUAUAUAUUCUUGGAACUAUAUUUGAGUGACAGGUACAAGAAUGGUUUGAUCUAUAUUUAGUUAAGGAAGACUCUUGCCAAAUGUUGGACCCCACGUCUGAAAGCCAUUGAUUUUCAGAGGGUCUAAGUGACUGUAUCUAAUGGAAACAUAAUUACUGAAUUUACGGAGGUAAUGAUCCUCUCCUCCCUUUCUGUUAAUCCAAUCAAGACAGAAAUCUGCUGAUACUGACUAAAGGGGGUCAUUUUCUUGAACCCCAGACUCAAGUACAAGAACACUAAGGUACAGGGAAGGUUGGUGGAGGGGUUGCUCCUAUGUGCCCCUCUUAAAUGCCUCCACUCUGUCCGAGCUUUGUGUACCCCAUGAAUACAAACUGCCAAGCACCCAGCUCUUUGUGCUCUGAAAUGGUUAUGAGCAAAUGAUUAUUAAAAUCCCACAAAACCAUGUUGAAUUUCUUUGUCAAUGCAAAUUCCAUGUCGAUACUAUGGAGUAAUGCUAUCUACUCAUACCCUUAAUUACUCCACUUACACCCUCUGCUACAGGCAGCUCCUCCGUGUCUCCAUACCUGCCCGGAAUCAUUCUGUAUUAUUGUAUUCGUAAGACUGUCUGGGACUUUGGGAAUUUUGAAACUGUGAAUUUUUUUGAAUAAAGGUGAAUUUUAUAUCUCA